AUGCCUUCUAAUCCUUGGUGGCCCUCGUCUUCCGAUGACGAAGAGGAGAUGUUUUUCGCAAACGCUGUGCUACGGGCGGGGCAGAUUCUUAUUGAAGAGGAAGAGGAAGAGGAAGAGGAAGACUUCUCGUCUGAAAAUGUUAUUACCAGACGAAUACGGAUUAACAGAGACCGUCAAGGAGCGCACGAGAAAUUGGUGAACGAUUAUUUUUCGGAUGAACCACUUUACAAUAACGAGAUUUUCAGACGCAGGUUCCGAAUGAGUCGCCGCUUAUUCACACGGAUUGCUAAUGAUUUGGCGGGGCUAGACCCGUUUUUCACGCAAUGA